AUGGCGGACUACCUGAUCAGCGGCGGCACCCUCUACGUGCCCGAGGAUGGACUCACCGCACAGCAGCUCUUCGCCAGCGCCGACGGCCUCACCUACGACGACUUCCUGAUUCUCCCAGGAUUCAUAGACUUCCUAGCUGGUGAGGUGGACCUGACCUCAGCCCUGACCCGGAAGAUCACGCUGAAGACGCCGCUGAUCUCCUUUCUCACGGACACUGUGACAGAGGCCGACAUGGCUAUCGCCAUGGCUCUCAUGGGAGGUAUUGGUUUCAUUCACCACAACUGCACCCCAGAGUUCCAGGCCAACAGGGUGCAGAAGGUCAAGAAGUUUGAACAGGGCUUCAUCACAGACCCGGUGGUGCUGAGCCCCUGGCACACUGUGGGGGAUGUGCUGGAGGCCAAGGUGCGGCAUGGCUUCUCUGGCAUCCCCAUCACUGAGACGGGCACCAUGGGCAGCAAGCUGGUGGGCAUCGUCACCUCCCGAGACAUCGAAUUCCUUGCUGAAAAGGACCACACCACCCUCCUCAGUGAGGUGAUGACGCCAAGGAUCGAGCUAGUGGUGGCUCCAGCAGGCGUGACGUUCAAAGAGGCAAAUGAGAUCCUGAAGCGUAGCAAGAAAGGGAAGCUGCCUGUUGUUAAUGAUCAUGAUGAGCUGGUGGCCAUCAUCGCCCGCACCGACCUGAAGAAGAACCGAGACUACCCUCUGGCCUCCAAGGAUUCCCACAAGCAGCUGCUGUGCGGGGCAGUUGUGGGCACCCGUGAAGAUGACAAAUUCCGCCUGGACCUGCUCACCCAGGCGGGCGUCGAUGUCAUAGUCUUGGACUCGUCCGAAGGGAACUUGGUGUAUCAGAUCGCCAUGGUGCAUUACACCAAACAGAAGUACCCCCACCUCCAGGUGAUUGGGGGGAACGUGGUGACAGCAGCCCAGGCCAAGAACCUGAUUGACGCUGGUGUGGACGGGCUGCACGUGGGCAUGGGCUGCGGCUCCAUUUGCAUCACUCCGGAAGUGAUGGCCUGUGGUCGGAUCCACGGCAGUGCUGUGUACAAGGUGGCCGAGUAUGCCCGGCGUUUUGGUGUCCCCAUCAUAGCCGAUGGCGGCAUCCAGACCCUGGGGCACGUGGUCAAGGCCCUGGCCCUUGGAGCCUCCACAGUGAUGAUGGGCUCCCUGCUGGCCGCCACCACGGAGGCUUCUGCCGAAUACUUCUCAGAUGGGGUGCCGCUCAAGAAGUACUGGGGCAUAGGCUCGCUUGAUGCUAUGGAGAAGAGCAGCAGUAGCCAAAAACGAUACUUCAGCGAGGGGGAUAAGGUGAAGUUCGCGCAGAGUAUCUCGGGCUCUAUCCAAGACAAAGGGUCCAUUCAGAAGUUCGUGCCCUACCUCAGAGCGGGCAUCCAGCACAGCUGCCAGGAUAUCGGGGCCCGCAGCCUGUCUGUCCUUCGGUCCAUGAUGUACUCAGGAGAGCUCAAGUUUGAGAAGCGGACCGUAUCGGCCCAGAUGGAGGGUGGCGUCCAUGGCCUGCACUCUUACGAGAAGCGGCUGUACUGAGGACAGCG